AUGGCACCGCGGCGACGGGCCCAAUGUCCCCUCGACUCGGACAGCACUACCUCUUCACUCGCCUCCAACGCCGAGACCGGAUGUACCAUUUGCGCUGACCAACGAUCUCGCGACCAUCGGGUUCGCCGACGCCGUAGACGUCGGCGACUGCGGCAUUGGGCGCGUCGUGAUUGGGCGAAACAUGUGACCUCGGUUGCGGGGCAGACAGGCGCGGGGACCUCAGUUGCCGGGACAACGGAGCAACCUGCCAAGUUGUCGCCUGUUCAGUUGCAGAAACUGUUGAAAAAGUUGGAUGAUUCUACAGACUCGGAAGAGGUGGUCGCUCGAAAGAAGCGCCGAGCGCCCGUCUACGACUCUGACGGCUCGGGUCCGUUCGACGCGACGCUCUCUUCACUGUCCUCCAGCAGCGGUUGCCACGGCCUCAAGGCGGACGUCGAGUUGCGUCUGCCGAGCCUGGACGUCGGAGUGGCCGACGGUCGGUCUGACUGGCAGAAACAUUACCAUCAGGUUGGCCAGCAACUCGAACACUUUUUGCGGCAUCCGAUCCAGAUACCACCACCUCCGCCCGUGGAGGUCAAACCCGUCGAGCCGCCAGAAGUCAAGAAAAUUGUCAAAACGCCCGCAAAGUGUAUCAAAAUACUUCUCGGCCUUCUUGGUCUAUUCACCCUCAUCUUCGUCUGCAGCUUGAUAGCUCUCCUUUUCAUCCCUUGA